AUGCUGGCCGCCAAGCGCAAGUCUCUAGACGCCGGUCGAUACCACGAAGACGAUGGCGAAGAACCACCAGCCAAAAGAAGUCAUAGCUUGGACUUCAACGCUCGUGCACCGUGGCUUCAGAGCUCCAGAACAGAGCGAGAAUGGCGAACGCUGGGGAAUCGAGCGGUACAACCGUCGUUACCGUUAGCGAACAUGGUUACUGCAGUACAGGACUUGAUCGACCCCGAGUUCGACCCUCUGAUAGCCAUCUUGGAUGAUGAACCGCGCUUUUUGAAGCCCUUGCCGUCGCGGAUGGCGCCGGAGGACCUGGAGUUUUUGCGCAUUCGAGGCGCGCUUUCGAUACCGGAGAGUGGAUUGCGGAAUGAACUGUUACGGUGCUAUAUCAAAUGGGUGCAUAGUUUCAUGCCGGUGUUGAAUCUCCAAAAGUUUCUAUUUUCUAUUGCUCAGAAUGACCCAAACGGGAAUAUCAGUUUGUUGCUGUUUCAGGCCGUUAUGUUCGUGGCCACUGCUUUUAUCGAUUUCAAGCACCUCCAUGAUGCUGGUUAUACAACAAGGAAAAACGCCCGGAAUGCUUUCUAUACACGAUUAAGAUUACUAUAUUCUUUAGACUGCGAAGAAGAUCGCGUGGCGAUCAUCCAGACCCUCCUGCUCAUGACAUAUUGGUCAGAUCACGCCAACCACCCCCGAAGAGAUAUCUGGGAUUGGAUUGGGGUCUGUAACACACAAGCGCAGUCCAUUGGGUUAAACAGGGACCCAGCCUCUGCUCCUAACAUGGACCCAAGCAGCAAACGGCUGAGAACACGCCUUUGGUGGUGCCUCUAUUCGCGAGACCGCUUAAUAGCCAUGGGAUUACGGCGCCCGAGUCAACUUAAUGAAGGGACGAGUAAUAUCCCGUUGUUGAAACUUGAUGACUUUGAUUUUGAGGCAUAUCAUCCAUCUGUCACCGCGAUGUUUCAUUGUCGCCAGCUGGAAGACGUUUCGCACCAGAAACGCCUGGCUACUAUGUUUAUCGAAAAGACUAAGCUCUGCCAGUGCAUUGGCCGAGUGCUUUUCGCUCAAUACUCCCCUUCCCAAUGUCAAUUUGGGACAACUACCAGGACAACCAUCACUUUGGUUCCGAGGCUGGCGUCCGAGUCCGAGCUGGCGCGGUGUAGCCAGAAACUCGAGUCCUGGCUAAACGGGCUCCCCAAGGAUGCUCAGUUCAUUCCAGAGUCCAGAAACACCAUUAAAGAAGGCGAAGGUGUUCUCCUGCUCCAUAGCGCUAUGUUGAGAAUGCUAUACCACGCCACAAUCAGCGCGCUAUACCGGCCAUGGGCUACGAACUUCCACAAGAACCAGUCGAAGGCGCGUCAAGAGUUGAUGAAUACCGCACGCGCAAAGAUGCAUGACUCAGCUCUAGGCAUAACGCACAUCGUCCAGGGCCUGAAUCAACUAGACCUUACCAGGUUUCUGCCCCAAUCGGGCGUGACUGUCAUCCUGCCCGCUGCUGUUGCACACCUGACGAAUUCCAAAUCAGACAACCCCACAGUCCGCGAAACAAGCCUCUAUAACUUCCAGAGAUGUGUUCAAGUACUGCAGGGCUUGAAAGAUAUCUAUCCAGCGGCGGAUAUGGAAGUGGCCAACAUUGAGGCUGCCGUGAAAGUGCAAUCUGACAACACCAAUGCUUUCCUUCGCAUCAUGCAGUACAGUUCCAGCAACUCUGACUCUGGGCAAAAGAAUGAUUCACUCGAAGAGAAUCCUGAGAAUCCCCCAAACAAGGAUAUUGGUGAGCAGCACCGAAAGCAAAGCACCGUCUCCGACCUCCAAUCCACAACAGCAACCAAACCCUCCCCAUCACCAACAGCACCAACACCCGCCCCAUCCCAACAACACCGCAAUAACUCAUAUACCGACUUUAACAACCACCUCGACCAUCUCAAUCUCGACACCCCACCCACAGACUUCCUCUCCCUCGAUAUCCCCAACCCACCCUUCGACUUCGCCGCACCCACAAAUCUCGACCAAAACAUUUCUCCUUCCGAUCCUGAUCCGUAUGGAAUAGACUGGACGCAGGAGCUUUUGGCCGGGGCCAUGGAUUCGGAGUAUGGCGGUUCUGGUUUUGAGAAUGAGCGCAGAGAUGCGUGGCCCUUUUCGCCGGACAAUGGGAGUACUGGGAUUGGGUCGGCCACGGGGCAUACGCAUACGCCGGCGGAUAUUACGGGGGAUUUGGAUAGGGAUUUGGGGUUGUGUCAAUAA